UAAUGAAUUAAAAAUCUUGGGCUCACCACAGUUUGCUGCUUAAUAAUGCCUGUGACAGAAGGAUUUUUUCCUCCCUGGAGCGUGACAGCAUCAUAAUCCCUUGUCACUGGCAAGGAGAGGAAGGAAAAGCAUAACUGUGGAGAAAAGCGGAAAAGGGUGAUCUUUUGGGACAGCAAAGCCUAUGGGAAGUGCAGGUAGCAGCAUGUUGCCCUAACAGCUGUCUCAGCUUCUCAGACCUUGUCAGUUCGUUGCUAUGCAGCAGGUGCAGCCUUUUCUUUUAUUGAAGCUUUACUCCAUAAAGGCAACGACAAGCCAAGGCAGUGGCUGGCCCUGGAUUAUACAAGUGCAGACACUCCGCUAAGUGAGGGUUUCAUCUCAGUAAAACCACCUUUUGUAAUUGAUGGUCUCAGAAGAAAGACGGAGGACGGAAUAAGGUCCCGAUCCGGGAGCCAAACCCAUGCAGACAGACCCCUAACCUGCACAGACUUCCACUGAAAAAUCACCACCAAGCUGGAACAAACAAGUAAAAGCAUUGACUCAAGUGCCCACAUGAUCACUACCGCCAGGGUACCUGCUGAUAAGCAAGUACGAAUUGCCUUCAGCCUGAAUGAAUCCCCAGAUGAUGCUUCCCCUGAAAACUUGUCUUUGGCAUUUCCAGAACUAGAUCAGCAGCUGCAGCCUCUGCCUCCUUGUCACGAGUCUAAGGAAUCUAUGCAGGUGUAUAAACAGCACUGCAAAAUAGCAGAAGAGUACCAUGAAGUCAAGAAAGAAAUUGCUCUGCUGGAAGAAAGAAAAAAGGAGCUGAUUGCCAGGCUGGAACAAGUGGAAAAAGAAAGCAUGGAUGCUGCUCAGCUGGCUAAGGAAUAUGCAGAACUGACAGAGGAGAACCGAACACUGAAGCUGGCCCAGACGCAGUGCGUGGAGCAACUGGAAAAGCUCAGAAUACAAUAUCAAAAAAGACAGGGUUCCUCAUAACUCCCAACUAGCUUGUGUGAGGCAGUUCAUAAAUGAUUGGUCCUGUGCUGGAAAGAGAUUUUAAAAUAAGGAUCUGUUUAAUAUGUUAUAAUACUUUACUACAGAUACGGAGUAUGUAGAAGUCUAUAUUUGAUUUAAUGCUUGUCAGCCAGUAACUUAAUAUAAUGGAUAUUUUAUCCAUUAUAUAAUGGAUAUUUUAUUUCAAGUAACAUAAUUGAAGUUAAUCUAUCCCCAUUAUAUGUUCUAGUAGAUCAGAUUUCUUUUCUAAACAUAUUUCUUCCAAUUUAAGAAGAUAUGGACACACUAGAAAAUGGUAUAAAUAGUUCCUGUGUUGGAAAUUUGGAUCAUACUAAGGCAUACAGCAGGGGCAAUGUUAGCAUAUGGAAUACAUGUAUGUUAAAUUUAGUUUGGUGAAGAUUUUUUUUGAAUUAUUUUCCUCAUGCCUGAAGUGUUUGGAAGUUAUCUUAAAACAGAUCUCCUCACUGGUAAAAACUGUACUUCAUUAUCCCAUGUCAACUUUACAUUGUUAUAUAAAAUCUGAGAAAUUGCACAGUAAAAAUUGAAGUAAUAUAUUUUUUUUUUCAAAUGAGUGCACUGCCAGUAAUAAUUAGCAAGUUAUGAAAAUAAAAGGAAACAGUUGAGAUCAAAAUUUCCUUCCUUAAGUGUAAAGAUUUGAGAGUCUUUUGGCUUUUGUACUUUUUGGCAUGCAAGAAAUGAAAAAUUAAUAUACGAAUCAUAGUUUCAUCAUAGUUUCAACUGAGAAUAUGUCAGUAAAAGUGCUGUGAGGAUAUUUUGUUCUUAUUUUCUGGUCUGUUUUGAAACAUAAGUGGCUCUAAGUAGGGACAGGAUGUACAAAUAACUGAGAAUAUACAAAUAAUGGGGAUAUACAAAUAACCAGGAAGUAAAAUGUCAGUUUUACUUGCUCUAUUUAUCCCUGUAUUUUCCUAGUUCAACUGGAAAUUCUUUGUUAUACUUCUAUUUCUAUUCAUUAUUCAUUUUUUCAUUAAAAGUGGAUAUAGAAAAGUUCUCAAUAUUCUCAAUUGUUGUAUACAUCAGAACUUUAGCUUUGUUUAUUAUUAUUAAUCUAUCAUAAAAAUGGUAUUUUAUGUUAAUCAGAACAAUUCCUGGGAACAAAGAGGACAAAAAAAAGUACACAAGUUGCCCUUUAUUUUCCAUGCUCACUGUCUACACGGUUCCUGCAGCACACAUGUGAAAACAGGCUCUGCAUUGCUCCAAGCACCUGGGACUGCAGUAGGAGAGCAUGAAGAGGUUGCAGGAGAGGACAACCUUGUUUCCAUUUCUCCUCCUGAGCCAUCAGGGCAGUGCCAGCAUCCGUGCCCAUCAUUGCUUGCUGCUGUACCCAGGCCAGAGCGGAGACACGAUGGGAAAUCACUCCUGAGGCACGCGCUUCUUGCUGGGAUGCUCCACAGGCAGUGCAGCACUGUGUUUAUUCCUCUUUUCUUGUUAUCUGAGGAUCAAAUUUUCACUAUAUCUUGUGAAAGUUGAAGAGGAAAAAAAAAACAUAGUUAAUAAAACCCACUUGGAAUAUCAGGCAGGGAAUGCUGGA